GCUGCCAGCGUUCGGCAGAAGAAGAAGCGUCAAGCCUGCUGCCCAAGCAUCACUGCUUAUCAGAAUCCAAGGAAUUUCCGGCCAAUCAUGAGCGUCGCGACGAGUGCGGCCCGCAAGAGCAUGUUUUCCGGACCGCCCACCAUGGCUCCACCGGGCAAGCUGCACAACCCGGCGUUUGGAGGCGAAGGGGACCAGCAGCUGAGGCAGCGGCGCAUCGGCGGUGGUGUUAGCUUCGCGGACGUCGGCGGUGCCGCCACUCCCUUCGAGUUGAGCGGUGCGGCCAGCCCCAGAAGCGGUUCCGCUAGUCCCGUGCCCCUCGGCGGUGUCUCGCCAGCGGCUGAACAGCAGGAAGAGAAAGUCGUGGUGGUGCAGGCGUCAGCGGAGAUGCGCAGGCGCGUGUUCGAGACGUGCAUCUUCAUCAUAUCGGCUGCCAUCAUCCUGAUAUUUAUCGGAAUGCUGCUCUUUGUGCUCGCCUUCAGAGAGGAGAUCAUCAAGGUGAUCGAGAAGCCCGUAGAUAGGAAGCCGAAACUGAAGGACCUCUACUGCACGACCAAGCUCUGCAAGUCCUUCACGCGAGAGGUGAUAUCGUUCAUCAACUUCAGCCGGGACCCGUGCAACGAGUUCUACGAGUACGUCUGCGAUGGCUACCUGCGGGAGGCACUCAACGACCGCUUCAUAUGGACCGCGCCAGGCUUGGACUACUCGCGCUUAAGCAAGGUGCUCGAUGGCAUCUCCCACCGCAACGCCUCCGACGGACCCGUCUGGGAGCGGAGGCUCGUGCCGGAGACACUGUGGGAACUGGCUUUGCCCCUCUACGAACGGUGUUUGGAAGGGGAUGCCACCGCUGCCCCCUUGCCUCAUGAACUGGGGUCCUAUUUUCGCGAAACUGGAUACAAUUUUUCGGAGGACCUUGUGGAGGCGUACAAGCUGAUCCCCCUCGUUAACCUCGUGAUGACCACGGCGUUCCCCUGGUAUGAAGGACAAAACUACAGCGUUCCGACACUAGAGAUGGCUCGAGUUAGGCCUCUCAUGGAUACCGACUACGUCACGGCGCAUUCGGCGAAGAAACACAUGGCUGGCCUUAUUUAUGACAUCUGGAACAGCAUCACUCCGAACAACAGGAUAAACAAGGCGGAUGCGGAAAUCUUGGCGGAGGCGGAAGCUCGCAUCGCUGAGAUUGUACCAGUCGUGAUGUAUAAGAUACCCGCAAGCUUUCAAGAGAUAUCGGCUACGGAUCCGGUGGAAGAGGAAAUCGCCGCCUAUAUUCGUAACUACGAGCGCUACACCUUUCGAGGACGAGUACGCGUCAUGUUCCCCAAUGGUCUGGGAGCAUUGAAAACCACCCGUCGACAGUCAGACUCCAUAGGGCGACAAGCCCGCCGGGUUCAGUGGCUGCACGUGGCAGCUCGGCUCGCGCUGGCGACGGGCAUCGAGCCGGCGUCCAGCGCCGCGGUGGCCCUGAUGACCGGCGUGGUGGGCAAGGCGCACAGCGAACGCCGCUGCAUGACGCUCUUCGACACCGAGGCCCGGCCGUUCGUCUUCGACCGCGUGCGGGCGAUUCUCCACACCGACGAGACGGCCGCCAAGGUGAAGAAGUUGCAGGUCCAGUUCCGAGAAUACGUCCGCAAAAUGGCCGCCAACGCAACCUUCGUAGGCGCCCUUGUGCAGGAGCGUCUCACCAGAAGGGUCGAUUCAGUUCCGGCGCUAUUCAUGUACCCGUUCAGCGACUACACCGAUGCCGAGGUCGGCCAGUAUCCCCUCACCAGACUGGUGUACACGCCGGUGGACGUGCCACCGAAAGCUUCGUUCUGGGAGCACCUUCGCUUGGUCAAGGAGGCCAUCUUUGAUGGCGGCAUGCACGACGACUUCAACAACUACAAUCUCUCAUGGAUUCACUUCAGCCCCUUGGCAUAUGAGCCCUACCUUGCUUGGCACACUGGAUCAGUGUAUAUACCGCCGCUCUACUACCAGAGGAUAUCGACCAUGAUAGACACCAAGGACGAAGAGGGCAUUCCACUGGAUUUGCCCAUAUUCUGGUUUGGCGUGCUCCGAGAAGUCCUCUCAAUUUUGUCGCAACGGGGUUCGUUGUACGAAAAGAACGGUCGUCACCGACUGAGCCUUGGCUUCGACACCGACAGACGUUGGGGUGCCGGUCGUCCCUGCAUAGAGGCCGUGCUCGACUAUAUUGGGGGCACGGGUGGGGAGGAGGAGUACGAUUACUUACAGGUGGACCCAUACCUCGUCAAGUUCCUCUACGAGCUGUACGUAUCCAAGGCUGAAAGUUGGAGACAGAGAAGCAAGCCGGGCGCGGAUAAAGUAUUCCUGCAUGACAACCCGGAUCUUACCUUGGAAAAGCUUUUCGCCAUCGGUUUGGGAAGUAACUUCUGCCGAAAAGAAGACAGCGAGCUAGAAACGUUCUACAAGGAAAAGCCUCCAAACCUUAACCAUAAGCAAAGGUUGAUGUACUUAAUACUUACCUGGAUGAACUUCCGCGAUGUUUUCAACUGUACAGGGACCGACAAGUACGUGAUUGAUGGUCAGAGACCAUGUUACCCUUACUAGUCCAGUGACCGACCAGAAGACAAGUCGUGUCACCUUGAACAUUUUCAAUAAAACUAUGUUUCGGUUCCCA